CUUUGGGUCAGUAACUAUAGUCGUUUCAAUUUUCAAGGUCAAUGAGGCCGUUAUCGUGUGCAUGUAUUCUAUUUUACUGCAUAGAAUGGGUCUGUUCGGCAUAUCUAGAAGUGUCAGAGGUUUCAUUCUACUAUUAACCAUUACAUAUUUUUGUGUGUUUACGUCUGAUGCCUGCUUUGAUGGUGGUUCUGAUGCGGAAGAUGAAGUACAAAUUGUUGUCGACGGCAUGGAGACUUUUUAUCGCUUAAGGACUGUGGAUUGUGACCGACAUGAUGAGACUUUUGCUAUAUUUUCAGGAUUGUCUUUCGAUCCAACUUUUUUGGACUUUGGUUACCAACCUUUGUUGCAUCCUAAACGUGUGGAAGUCACCAUAACUAACAUCGAUGCUGACCAGUCGGUUGAGCUUGUGACUACAUUUGGAGCUCCUAGAUUUAUAUUUUGGUCCAGGUUCAAUCAAACGGCGAUAGCUCCAUCUUCCUCUGCAAAAUUCAAUGUGACUUUCUUACCGUAUACUGUCGGUGAAUUCGAAGCCUUUAUGUACAUUCAGACGUCUUUGGGUGCUGUGAAAUAUCAGGUUGUUUUAAAAAAUGUUUUCAUUUAUUUAGCUUUAAAGGUGUUUGGUUCUAGUUACAUCAGUGAUCAACAUUUACUACCUCUUGUCAACUUUGAGUCAAUGGUAGAAAAUAAGAAAGUGUUCAAUAUCAAAAUACUCAAUCCAUUUACUUAUUCUGUAGAGAUCAACAGCAUGGAAGUGUAUCCUAGGAAUCUGCAAACGGAUCAUUGUAUUCGUUUUCACGCCUCAGCUAACUCUAUUGGUCGAAAUAAUACGAUCAGUAAUUGUUUCUUUCCAUCCAAAGUACUUAAUUCAUUUGAAAUAACAAAUUUAUUGAAAGUACACACUGAUCUGGAUGAAAUGGAACUAGUUCGAAUUUCAAGCUCACCUCAUGCAGAUGAUCUUCAAUGCAAGUCUGGUAAGAUUGAAGAUUCAACUAGCUGUGUGACAGCUGAAAACUCUACAGAUCAACAUUUAAUGUUGCCAACUGUGUUGAUCCCAAUAAAUGAAUUUCCCCAGAAAGUUCUGUACUCACGUGUUAACCUUCUGUAUUUUGGUACUAUUACCAGUCAGUCAGAUCCUAUAACAAAACCAAUUGACAUCUUAUAUCUUGGUAAUCAAACUCUUCAAAUUACAAGUAUUGAAUCUAGUCUUCAUGAUGAAGCCAUAUCAAUUAAUAUUACAGAAACAAUGAUUUCACCUCGUACAGUGUUACCGAAAACUAUUGCAAAGAUUUCAAUUUCACCUAAACAUAUAACACAUAGUUAUCAUAUAUCUGGUGUAAUUAAUGUAUUCACAAAUGAUAGAAGCAUUUAUCUGCCUAUACCCUUCUAUGCUCGACUUACUUAUGGUUUCUUAUCCUCCAAUGUUCAGAAAAUCGAAACUUUCACACUUUCAAGCAGUCAGCAAAGACAACGUACAGCUCUGUUAUUCAACUUUAGUGUAACCAAUCAAUACGAUUUUGUGCUGCCUUUGUCAAAACCUAUUUUCCCUGAACCAAUAAAUAAAUACCUACAGAUUCAUUAUGCUGCUCAACCUAUGGAAUUGGCACCAAAUCAAACUAAACUGAUCAUGAGUUUAUCUGUCCUUAGUGAUGAUGAUGAUGUGAAUGAUACUGGUGUUCCCAGUGAUAAUUAUGGUGGUUUUGUGAGCAGCGGUGUGUCUACUUUUACAGGUACACGUGUACGUGGCACAGCAUCUGUACACUCAAGUAAUACACACUUUCUUCUAUCGUAUGAUAUUUAUUCAGGUCGACUUCAAGUGGGUAUACAGGGUGCACGACUAAUCAAUAAAACUUUCAUACUGGGUACAAUACAGUUAGGUGAAACAAGUAGUCAUUACAUCGUAAUAUAUAACAAAAAUCCUAUUCCAAUUGAAGUGAAAUUAAUCGAGAUAUACACAAAAUCAGCUAAUGGUACCCAAUGUCAAUUUCUGAUAUCCAGAUGGAAUACACUGAAUCGUGUAUGUCACUUCACGCGACCCUGUCAACAUUGUGUGAUCAAUUUGGCGGAUGAGAUGCCACCAUCAUCUGAAUUUAAUCUUCCUCUUAAAUGGGGUAGUAAAAAAGUAACUCAGCAUAUCAAAGGCAUUAUACGGAUUCAUUCGAAAUAUGAGAUACUUAGACAAAACUUUGAAUGCUAUAUUACACAUGGUCGAGUUGUUGUGACACCUGAUCCACUGAUUGUGAAUAAUUUAUUUCCUGGGAGAAGUAUUCACCGCAACAUUAUCGUUCAGAAUACUUAUUCUACUGAUAUAAAUAUAACAAAAGUCCAGUUACAUCCACCAAAUUUCCUUUUGAGUAAAAUCGAUAAUGAUUUUACAAAAGAUGUUGUUAAAUUUCAUAAUAUUAAACAAGAGAUUGACAACGAUUCGAAUUUGACAAUACAUUCUAUACAGCCGAUUACAUUUUCACCAAAUCAAUCUGUGUUGAUUGGUACCGUUAAUUUCGACGUUUCUGAGAGUUGUAUGGAUCACUCCGUAACAACUACCAAUCUGACCACUGCCUCCAUAACUUCCCAGGCUGUUAAACAGUAUUGUUAUUGUGGCUUUAGCUUGGAUACGUCACCAGGGAGAUUAUGGUUAAAAGGUUCUACUAAUGAGAAGACCAAUCACUGUAGUAAUGAAAGUGAUCCUCAGCAUCGUAUAAAUUAUUCAUUAAUCAAAGAAACAUUUUCAGUGUAUAGUGAACUUCAUAAUCGGUGGUUAAAGUACUUUACUACUAACGAUCUUUCCAAACAUCCAGUGAAGGACAACAAUAAUAAUAAUAGUAAUAGUAACAGUCGUAGUCAUAUUCGUAAUCUUAAAAAUAUCACAGCUAGUUUAAGCUAUGAAAUGUUGAAUGUCACCUUUCAUAGUGAUUUAUCUAUUCACUUUAUCUGGCCGGAAUUGAUUAACUCUCAAAAACAUUCUGUCAGCUCAUCCAAGAAAAAUACCACAUGGUGUAUAGUGAAGGAAUUCGUGUCUCCAUCUGCAACAUCAUUUAAUCGUCAAAUCCAGAUACCAACAAUACUGUCUUCAUCAGGAACAUUAAAUUCAUGGGAAUGUAUCUUUCAAAUUGUAAAUCCUCAAUCAACACUGAAACCUUUAUUUAUUCAGCCAGUAUUAUGGAGUCAAGUGUACAAUAGUUGUGUUUCAAGUGAAACUCAAUUAAACGAUUUAAAAACGUUGACUACACACCUUUUUAGGAAUAGAAGUUUGGUUGACUCAUUAUUUACAACUACUUAUGGAGAAUAUUCUAUCCAGCCUUAUUCAUGUUCAUCUCGUAAAUCUAAGCAUAUUUUAAAUCAUUUCUAUCCACCAAGUUAUCUGCUUGCACCAGAUGGUGGGGAACAGUGUUUUCGUCUAACUUUCACACCACUUAUCAGUAAUCUCUUAUAUUCAAUCAAUCCAAACAAUAAUAAUGAAGGUGUUCUUCGUAGUCUACUAUUGAUAAGAAAUAAUUUAACUUCUGUAGAACCUAUAUGGUUAGAAGUUCAAUUAGAUCGUAUUGGUUUAACACUUGCCAAGGUGUCAACUUCAACUGCAUCACAGUCAUCAGGAUCUGUUGUAAUAACUGAUGUUGAAAAGAAAUUACAUAGUAAUUUACCUAAUUUUAAUUUAUACGUCCGUUCUACACCUGGCAAUAAUAAUAACAAUGCUGGCAGUGGUAGCUCACAAUCGGGAAUUGAAGAAAAUGUGUCGCCUUCAUUGAAAAUCGAUCAAAUUAUAUAUGAAGCAGAUUUAAGUUUAAUUGGUUUAUUCAAUACUACUACUACGAAUAAUAAUAACAAUAAAACGGAUCAAAAUUUUCACAAAUAUAUACCAUUGAAAUUUGAAUUCACUGAGAAAUCAAUUGGACCAUUCUGUGAAACUCCGAACACGGAUUUAGUACGGCGUCUACACUCCUCGUUACAAAGUCGACAAGAUAAACAAUCUGGCAGUCAUCACUAUAAUUAUCAAACAACCACUGGUCAUGCUGACAUAGAUCAUCAUAAAGGUCUACUAGUGAACCUGUCUCUACGUCGACGUUUAGUUCUAGUCAACACGGGACAGGUUACUCUAAAUAUAUUCAUGUUAUGCCUUUUACCAUCAACAAAUUCUAAACUAAAAAGCCUAAAUAACUUGACAGAUUCAAAUAUAUCAACUACACUUUCAUCGUUAUCAUCAUCUACUUCAAUGUAUUCAUCACAAGCUUCAUGCACUACAGCUGGCUUUAAAAUAGAUCCAUGUAUACUGCCUAUGAUGACAAUAACAAGAAAUGCUUCAAAUAACAAUGAAAAGAGUAAUAAUACUUCCGAUAUUUUUAAAAUUUUACCAGGUCAACAUCUUAUCAUUGAAUUACGUCAUUAUCCAGACUUUACGCAUACUUAUUUAACAGCAGAUUUAAUUAUUCAAGUCUAUCCAUCAAUAUUUGAAUCCAACAUACUCCAAUGGUUGAAUGUGAAAGAAUCAAAUAAUCAAACAGAUAACAUUCAUGAUGAUUUAAUGUUUAUUCAACUGCCUAUUAUUCCAUUAGAGGCUAGUUUCAAUACAUACUUAUUGGGCGCAUGUCUUAAUUUUCUGCCUAGACCACCGAUUGAAUCAUUUCUAUGGAUAAUGGUUCUAAUAUUUUAUGUAUUCAAUAUCAUUGGAAUACUGAUAUCAUCCUAUGCAGACGCGAAAGGCAUACACACUAAUCAUAUUGCUCUCCGACGUCAUAUUGAUGAAUCACCAGAGAAUUUUUAUCCAGAUUCCACGAAAAUUUUUAGUUUAAAUCAAACAACAGAGAAAACGUGUAUCACUUAUUGUAAAGAUGUUAAACGGGAUUUAUAUGAUGAACGGUCUACAGGGUUGGUUACAAAUUUAUCUUAUUCUCUUAUUACUACUAAUAUUGCUACCAGUCCUUCAACUGACCACACUGUCUCAUCUGAUAUUGUAACAACAGAACGAAAACUGAGGCUAAAAAGUGUUUUACCAACGUCAGCAUCAAGUAUAUCUGAUUCAGGGGAACAGAAAAUAAAUCAUCAGUUAACAACCGGCUCUUCAUAUUGGAAUAACUAUUAUUGUAAAUGGAUAUUAGGCUUAUUGUUUCUCAUUAAACAUACGAUUAGUCUUCGUUGGAUAUUUAUUACCAUUAUAUAUCCGUAUAAAACGAUCAAACAAUUCAGUAUAUGUGCUGGUAAAGCCAUCAGUUGGUUUAAUUCAUGGAUAAAAUAUCUGCUCUUCUAUCCUCAACGGAAUCAACAAACAUUAUCUAAUACCGUUAGAAAUGUUGAUGGUAAAUUGAAUGAUGCAGUGGUGAUCAAUAAAAGAAAUUCACUGGGUUUAUCGAAACCAUUACCAAUCGGUGAAUUAAAAAAUACUAAAGUAAUAUCAAAACCACUGCCUACUAUAAAUUUAUCAAAAACGACAAGUCAGCUUCCAGAUAAAACUACACGAGUAAAUCGUAAAAAGAGAACUUCAGCAACUCAAGCUAUUGACUCCUUUACGAAGCUAUCAAAUUUGAAUACAUCGGAAGAUCAGUCUCAGUUAAUAAAAGGUUCACGGUAUGCAAAAAUAGACUCUCCAUUAACGGUGACUUCAACAAUAACUCCAGCGACAACACUUAGUAAAGAUGUCUCACCACCUCACAUGGCUGAAGCUGAUAUUGUUGCUGCUGUACAAGCCUCAAUACGACUUACUGAAGAUGUCAGCAAUCAUAAUCAACAUCAACAUCAUCAAGCGCGUAAAAAGCAUGCCCAACGUAUCUCUUCGCGUAUAACAGGUAAUUCAUCUUCACCAUCAUCUACAUCUGGACCUGAUGUGGAAGGUAGUUAUUAUAAAGACAAGGAAAGAAAUUUAAAAUCUGGAAUUAAUAUACUUUAUCAAAAUCAUUCUUCUUUAUCAGUCAAUUUAAAAUAUAAAUCAGAUUCGGUGAAUGGAAUUUUCGACAGUCAACGUGAUCAUUACAAUGAAAAGAAUUCUUCAGUUUCAAAUAUUCUACCUGUAACAACAUUUCAGAAACAAUAUAUUGAUGAACUUAACGAUGAGUUUGAACCUUCUGUAAUUCUACAGGGAACUAAUGGUACUAUCAAUCAAAAGUCCUCUACUUCAACUUUACUCGCUGCCUCGUUUGAUAAUUCUCAGCCAAUUGUUGAUGAAUGUUUUGAAUGGCCUGAAAAUACUGAGACGUAUAUUAUUCAGUCAAACGACAUGCAUCAGUUUAACAAUGACCUUUAUAAUCCGUCAAUAUGGCCAGUAUGGGAUGAUUCUGUCACAGAUUUGCACACAUGUUGGAAUCAAACUCGAGUAUUCUCAGAUAAUUCAGUUCCUAUUGGUUCUGAUGAAGCAAUGAAUCGUUUAUCUGAAGAAACUCAUGAAUUUUCUAAAUCAUUUUUCUCGGAAUUAUCGAAUAUGUCGUCUUUAUAUUCAUCACAAUCUAUUCCACUAUCAUGGCAUUCCAAAGUAUCCUAUAAUAAUAUCCAUUGGACAGAUCAACCGUGUAGAUUUAAACUGGAUCGUUUCAAUGAGAAAUUCAUGUCAGAAGAUACUAUCGAUCCAUGCUUAAAUCUAUUUGAUACAAUUCAAAGUGCUCACAAUAAUAACGAUAACAAUGAUAACGAUAAGGGUAAUAAUGAUACAAUUUGCGGAGAUUAUUUACCUUUCAUGAAUUCACCUGAAUAUUUGUCUUCAAAUGAAGUUAUCGAAUGUUGCAAUUACCAAGAAACAGAUUGUUAUUUCUAUGUAAACAAAACUAUCAUUGAAGAAGCAUUGAACGCCACACUGCCGGUUGUUUACUCAAUACUAUUACGGAAUAAUAAUUGUGAUGAUACUGUAAGAAUAGACAAUUCAUUGAUUACACAGAUAUUUUUGAAUGCUCUGUAUACAGCAAGUAGCAACAAUGAUAAUACCAAUCAACCCGUUGGGGAUGAAAUAGAUCAUCCAUCUUAUUAUUAUCAUCAUUACUGUCCUAAUUCUAUGGGUUUACAAGAUCUAAAUGUGUCGAUCAUCACACCACCUGAAGGCAGUAUAAAGUAUUCACAAUCCCUGUCAACGUCAUCAGCACGGAUAUCAAGAGAAAAUUCCACUGAUUAUCAUGAAAACACUGAUAAUGAUGAUGAUGAUAAUGGUAAUAAUAGUAAAUAUAAUUUUUAUGAACUACUACAAAUGACAGCAGCUAGACGUUUAUCUGUUAUAAAUUAUGAAACAACUCAGCUGGAUGAUUAUUACAUUGAAGAAAAAUUGAAAGCGUUACAUGAUGAAUACUUUGGCUUUGUACUAAAUCCUUUAGAUAGUGUAGCGGUUAUCAAUCAUUUAAACAAGGAUAGAAUAAUAACAUCAUCAUGGAAAUCUGUUACAGAUAUACCACAGUCCGAAUUAUUUGAAGAAUUUGGAUUAUGUGAAGUCACUACAACAAAUCACUCUACUUCUGUUGACUCGUCAUCCAAUUCUGUUAAUUAUAAGAAAAUAUUUGAAGAGUCGUCCGCUAUAGCUCCAUGGACUUAUAUUCUGGAGAAGUCAAACAACCCAACUCAUGUUGACAAUAACAAUAACUCUAACAGUAUUCAUAAUGAAGAUAUUUUGCCAAACUCCGAGUGUACGAAUGUUACUACCACUGUGUGUACACUGGAUUCCGAGAUGCCUAAAUGAAGCGAAAUUUUAAGCUUAAGACUCAGAUACGAAGAGCGUGUGUGUAGACACACAAGAUAAACUAUUUUUUAUUAACGAGAGAUUUAUUCUUCUUUUUUUAGAUCUUUUAUCCUACUGAGAUUUAUAUAUAUAUAUAUAUAUAUAUAUAUAU